UGUUCUAGUCUCAGUGAAUUAUAAAAUUCGGCGGAAAUCCGGAGAAGAAAAUCCUGUUCAGUUUUCACUUUUCAUCGAUAGAUCCGCAAACCAAGAUGAAAAAUCCACCAAAUCUCCGCGAGUCUUCCAAAAUUUAUCCAACAUGGCGGCAUCAUCCUCUCCCUCAUCGCUUCCGACCAAUACAAAGCUAGAGUGCGAGUGCUGUGGUAAAAAGUUUAAAAGCAUGCAAAAUCUGACUGGGCAUGUUACAAAAUAUCUUUGCAAGUUCAAAUGUACACAAUGCACCUACACCUCUAACGUCAAGUAUAAUCUUAGGACGCAUUUUCAAACUGAACACACCCGGGGUCCAGUUUUUUUCUGUAGUCAUUGUACAAGUUCAUUUAAUACUCUGCAGUUGAAGCAAGUUCAUGAAUACAUUAGCCAUCCAAAAGCAAAGCCGGUCAAAGAAAGAUGUGGUAAAUGUUAUCGGAGAUGUGGAACCAAAAAAUCUCUUCAAAAGCAUAAGCUGUUUUGUGUAAACCGACCUAGCUACAAAUGUGAUCUCUGCGACUUUAUUACUCUAAAAUUCAAACCUCUGAAAAAUCACAUGAGGACAAGACACAAAUUCGAUCUUCUAUUUAGUGAUAUUGAUAAGUAUAGUGUACCUGUUCUCAAACCAGAUGGAUUAUCAGGAGAUCCUGGACAUGAAACUCCAUUAGUAAAACAUACUUCUGAAGACCUAACCAAAGAAUAUGACUUUAAAGAAACAACAGUAAACGCUAACUCUGAAGCAGUCAAUGAAGAAAGUGAUGAAGAAGAAGAAAUGGUUUCAAAGAAUUCUGAAGUAGCAAGGAAAGAAGAUAAUUCCGAAGAAGCUCUUGUAGCAAAAUAUUCUGAAGAGAUGAAAAACAAAGAUGACUCGGAAAAAGAAACUGAAGUAAAUGAUUUGGAAAAGGCUUCAGUCCAAAUCACACCAAUUUGUAAAAUACAACAAAUAGAAACUGAAAAAAGAAGAAAAAGUUUAUCAAAACUUCCUCAAGCUGAUCUAAUUGAUUCUCAACGUAAGGAAGAAACAAGUACAUUUCCUAAUGCUUCAAUACAUCUGAAAAAAGAUAGAUUAUUCUUUAAAUCAGAUAAAUACCUUAGAAAAUGCUUAAAAAAUACUCAGUCUUCUUAUAAAAUUGGUUUAGCUCCUUCAGCGACUAUCACUUCUGGACAUUUUGAUGAACCCCCAGAGGAAAUCAGUUUCAAAUCAGAAGAGAAUAUUGAUGUUAAAGAUGCUGAUAAUGAUGGGUCUAUAGGUUCAAUUAGGUCUGCAGUAUAUGUAUGUCCUUAUGAUAAACUGAUGUUUAAAGCAGUCAACCAGUUUCAUCUUCAUCUUCAUGCCUUUCAUCUUGAUAUGGAGUCAACAGAUGUAAAGUGUCCAAUUGGAAAGGAUAAUUUUACUUGUACAUGCGGAGUACAUGUGAACUGUAGACAGAGCUAUAUAUCUCAUAAAUCCAGGUGUACUGGGGAAACCAUAUUUGAAGAUGAUUCAGAUACAGCUGAUGAGGAGGAGAUAUUUAUUCUAGAAGAUGAUGAAGAUCAAGCCACUAAACAUAUCAAAAAUUUAAACAAUACUUCUGAUGACGAAAACAUGGAACCCAAGUUGACCGAAGAGGUGUUAUUUAUCUGUGAUAAAGCAAUCAGCCAUUUAAGAAAUAAUAAAGAGAAAAGUCCAGAAGUGAUUUUGAUGGAUCAGCCUCAAAACAUAGCUGCAACCACUGUGGAAGAAGCAGAAGAAGAUGUAAUUGAAAUUCUUGAUGAUGAAGACUCUUCUGAUCCAGAUUGUAUUCAAAUCUCUGACGAUGGGUCGAGUCCAGAAAUAAUUCCUCUGGAUAAUCCUGAAUUAAAAUCUAAAAAAUCCAGGAAACGUGUCAGACAAAUCCGUUGUUCAAUGUGUGGGCUAUGCUAUUCUUUAGAGAAAAUAUUUUCACAUGUUUGUGGUACUCCAGAACACAUGAAGUAAAAAAAUGUGUAUACAUGAACCAUGUUUUUGGUACACAAGAACACAUAAUGUAUCAGACUGUAUACAAAUAGAUCAUGUUUGUGGUACACCAGAACACAUGAAGUAAAAAAAUGUUUAUACAUGAACCAUGUUUUUGGUACACAAGAACACAUAAUGUAUCAGACUGUAUACAAAUGGAUCAUGUUUGUGGUACACCAGAAUACAUAAUAUGCUAUAUUGUGUACUAAUGGAUCAUGUUUGUGCUACACUUUUAACACAUAAUGUAUUAGACUGUGUUACAAAUGGAUCAUGUUUGUGGUACACCAAAACACAUAAUGUAUUAGAUUGUGUACACAUGAAUCAUUAUUUAGGUCGUCAUUUAAAAGUCGUGUACGUGUAUUGACCUCAGCCAUAUUUUUAAUUUUUACUUCUAUGGUUGUGAGAUUUAAUUUCAUGUAAAUUCCU